CCGCCUUCCCCGCCGCCCCUCUACUCCCCGCUCUUGUUUGUAAACAUUCCCGCCCGCCUCUCCCGCUGACCCCCGACCCCCGCGGGAGGGCGGGCGCUGGGCUGCCGAGAGGAACUCAGAUGUGAAGUUCUUCACGUGGCCUGUGCUGGGACCAACAGCAGAGCAGAGCUCCUGAGCUGCUCCCUUGCUGCAUUUGUCACUGUAGCUGUCACACUCCCUUGCACUUGCUGCACAGCCAUGGUGCUGCUGCCGCCAGUGGUGGUGCCUCAAGGGUGCCAGGACAGAGUGACUGCAUCAGGAACACCCACAUGCUGUGGGAUCAGGCUGCCCAGGACAGUUCAAUAAGGGCCUGUAUCCUUUCAGGCCCUUAAAAGUAAGUUGAAUAAGCGACUCUUGUCAUCUUAUAUGAUAACAACCUUCGGUGGAUCAUUUGCAGCCUCCUCUUGCUACCGCUUUGAAGUUUCAUCAUCCUUGUCAAGAUCUGGAAGUGCAGCUCAGGAUAUGGUAGUGCCCACAAAUCAGUAGUGGGAGGAAAAUAUGCUUUUGACAGGAGGGUUGAAAUCUCUCCUUCCCCAUGUGCUAAGAAGAAUAAUUAGAUGCAACAGACUCAGUAUUAGUAAUACUUCUGGAAUGGCAGAAGGCUACAAACAGGCCAAUAUUGUGAUUUUGCACAAGUCCCUGGCUGAUGACUUUGAGAAGUUCUGCCGUGCAAACGAUGGACCCCUGCCACUGCUGUACAGAAGUCAACCAGGUGACUGGAAAUGUCCUUCCCUGAGAAGUGAUUCUGAUAUCAGAACUGAUUGCCUACAGUACAGAAAAUAUGAGCAUGGAGCUUGUACUGGAUCACUGAAAAGCCUUAAGGAGUAUUCUGAACAACUCAAGGACAUGGUGACUUUUUAUUUAGGCUGCAGCUUCUCUUCUGAAAAAGCAAUCCAAAAAGCUGGCAUUCCUAUCAGAAACAUUGAGCAAAAAUGUAAUGUAAGCAUGUACAAAACAUCUGUGCCUUGCAACAGCAUUUCAAUGUUUCACUGCAACUUAGUAGUCACAAUGAGACCCAUUCCUGAAAGCAAGUUGGGAGCAGCUGUGUCAGCAACAUCUGGAUUAAAAGAAGCCCAUGGAGCACCAAUUCACAUAGGUGACCCCGGUCUGCUGGGAAUACAAGAUCUUUCUAAACCAGACUAUGGCGAUCCAGUUCACCUUCACCCUGGUGACAUUCCAGUGUUUUGGGCCUCAGGAGUAACAGGAGUAGAAGCAAUUAUCAACAGCCGAGCUCCGUUAGCUUUUACCAAUUCUCCUGACUGCACAUUCGAUACCGACCUAGAGAGAGGUACAGUCAGCUCCUCAGGAGGAGCCCCACAGGUCUACUGCAUCUCUCGAGAUCCUCUGCAUUUCAGCAUUGUGUCAGCAGAAGCAGCCCAAAAGAUAAAUACUCUGGAGACCCUAAUUGGAGUAGAUCCAGGGGAGCGGGGGAUCGGGCACCUGCGGCGGCAGGGGGAGCUGCUGGCGGCCAGCCUGGCCCUGUCGCGGGCGGGCUCGGUGCUGGUGACCACGGGCUUCCCCACGCACUACAGCCACCAGCCCCCCGAGGAGAACGACGGCCCCCCGGGGGCCCUGGCCAUCGCGGCCAUGCUGCAGGCCCUGCAGAAACGGGUUGCCAUGGUUACGGAUCGCAGAGCCAUGGAGCUGAAUACAAAGAUUAUUGAAGAAGCUGUUCAACUAGGAAUCCUGAAGAAGCCCAUCCCUCUAUUGAGUUAUCAAAGGGAAAAUGCCAAUUCAGCGUUAAUGUUUUUGUGUGAGAAUGGGAAUCCUGCAAGACCUAGAUUUGAUCACCUGGUAGCCAUAGAGCGUGCUGGGAUGGCUGCUGAUGGCAAUUAUUACAAUGCCAGGAAAGUUAACAUUAAACAUCUCGUGGAUCCCAUAGAUGAGCUAUUUUUAGCUGCACAAAGCAUUCCAGGAAUCACAACAACAGGUGUUGGAGAUGGAGGAAAUGAAUUAGGAAUGGGCAAAGUCAAAGAUGCUGUGAAGAAGCACAUAAAAAAUGGAGAUGUUAUAGCUUGUGAUGUUGAAGCUGAUUUCACUGUUGUAGCUGGUGUGUCUAACUGGGGUGGCUAUGCCAUUGCCUGUGCCCUGCACGUGCUGCGCUGCUGUGCCACCCACGAGCGGUACCUGCGCCGCGCCCUCGGCUGCCCGCACGCCCUGAGCCAGCGGCCCUGGCUGCCAGCGCUGCCCUCCGUCCCCAAGGAGGAAAAGCUUCUGAAAGCACUGGUGCAGCUCGGGGUCCGCAGUGGCAAAACUGCCAGUCUGGAGAUGGAGGUGGAUGGGCUGCCCUUCCACAGCACCCACUCACUGAUGAUUGAAAAGCUGCUGCAGGAGGCACAGCACUGACUGCCCCUAGUGAUUUCUACAUGAAGAGAUGCUCCCAUGUCAUUUCCUUAUUUUUGAGGCUCUCUCAAGAUGUAAAAGAUAGAAAAAGAUGGCUUUUCAUCUCUGGUGUCUUGACCACACACAGCCUUUCAUUGUUAUCCUUACAACAUCUCUGUGAAACAAGAAGAGGAUAUCAUCAUCCACUUGGCUUACCUUUCUUUUCUGUAAUUUUAUAAUGGAAAAUGGAAUUUUGUAAUUUUAUAAUGGAAAAUUAAUAUUAAAUGAUAUUAUACAAUAAGAGGUGAUCUGGCUUUUACAAAGAAAGCAUGAAAUUACGAUGAGAUAUUAUUGCACUGCUGUUCUUGUUUUACUAACCUCAUAACUGCAACAGGAAGUAACUUUCAUAGCAACCUGGAUUUAAAAAUACUUGUGGUGAGGAAAACAGCUACAGCAGAGAGAGAAGAUUCAAAACAAAACUGCAGUGUUUCAUAGUGAGAGCUCCACUGCACACUUCCUGUAGCCCCUCUCAAACACUGUGUUCUUAUGGUGGGGGAUAGUUUGUGGAAGUGUGAGGGGAGAAGGAGAAAAUUUUAACUGAACUAAGGAAAAUAAGGACAGCAUUGCAGAUCUUCUGUGUAGAGGGUUGGCUGUGUCAUUACCCCCUGUCAUAUUAGUAAUUUGCCACUUACAUAUUUUGCCACUUUAUGGAUAGUAGAGAAAAUGUGUAGACAUUUCAGAGUAUCCUGCUGUUACAAAGAAAUUAAUUGAAUACAAAAUAAUCAUUAGAAAUUAAAGCAUGAUUCUAAAUGAAUAAACAUUUGCAUUCAGCAUAACAUUAUGUAAAUAAACUUUUGCAUGAAUUCCUGUUGUAGAAGUUCAGCUCCUGACA